CGCUGCAAGCAACAUGGCGUCCUCGAUGACUUCACGUGCCCGAAAAGGCGGAGAACUUAUUAAGUGCAGGUCUGCUUUGCAGGGUUUCGGCCUGUGGUCGACGAGAGAAUGAUCUCAAGUGAGGCCGCUUCAGAAUGGACGUCGGUGCUCCCGCUGAACGCCUGCAUCGAGGCGGCGGUGAAAGGAAUCGAGUUCGCCGUGUCGGGUGCGCUGGACUCUUUGGACGAUGACGUACUACUUCGCUUGUCCAAGUCCAUAUUGGAUAUUCAUGCGAUGGGAAGAGAUAUUGGAGGGGACCUAUUGGAAAAACUUCUCCUCAUCCUCAUGGAAAGAAAUGCCAAUCUGGAGUCAGAAAAGGAUGCUCAAUUCUGGAAGAAAACUUGGCAACUCUGUUUGCAACAACGUCUUCCUCUGACUCCUGAUCUGAGAUGCAAGAUCCUGUGCAGCUUCCCAUCCUGUUUCCAGAUGGAGCUUCUGCGAUGUUUUGCAUCAGAUAAUGCAGAAUCACAUCUCAUACAGGCCUGCAAAAUGUUUCCAGAACUGUUCCAGCUGGUGUGUCUCACCUGCGAGGCCUUCAUAGUAGAUACAAAGGAUCCCAAGUGCUGUGUUUUUGUGCAGCGGUUCCUUGCAAACUUCCAGGAUGUCUCUCACCUCAAUCUUUACCCUCUGAAGGUCCGUCCUUUUGUCAUCAUGCUGCAAAGCCUGCCAUACUUGGACCCAGCUGGUAGUGCAUCUUCCAUCAGCAUGUUCUGUGAUAUGGCACCUGCACACUUAUUUGUGGGCAGUGACUUUGCUUCAUGGCUAAGAAUAAUUUUCUUGCAAUAUCCUGAUGGAUAUGCACAAUGCAUUGCCCAUGCCAAGUUUGCUUUUGUUCUCAGGGCUCUUCGUGCAGCGUCUCCAUCCCACAUGAAGAAUGAAUUAUUUCAGUGA